GCUUGCCGCGUGGGCUCAUUACCCCGAUUUCAAUACCUCGAGUAUAGGACCGAAAAUUCAAAAAUGACACCUCCUAGAUGGAUAUCGCCGGCCGUACUGUUCGCUGCGAGUGUGUGGACGCAAGCAGUGCUGGGCGAGGAAACCAUAUCGCCGUUUACAUCACCAAGAAAUGACUUAGCGCUCGGCUCCGAAAGCUACAAGGUUGGGGAUAUUUUCUCAAUUGCAUGGGAUGGCAGAUGGUCAACUCUACACGUCGAACGCCCGGAAACUGGUGAUCUAUGGGUUACAUGGUACAACCGAGGGGGAUAUCGUUCAAAGCUCAAAGCGAAUAUACCUGGCAAUGAGGCGGGAAGCUUCAACUGGACAGUCAACGUUCCAAACGACAAGAUUGAAGGGAAUGACGCCGAGUCGAUAUAUGUGCUGCGAAUGGUGAGACACACCGAGGGUUCCGACACAUACAGCUCAGACCCACAACCAGAGAUGUUCAACAGCAGAGCUUUCAUUCUGCAUCCGGGAAAUGAACAGGCCAGCGUUUCGGGAUCUAUCACACCAACGGUCACUCCUACCCCGAAACCACUCGACGGUGCACCGGCAAGCACCAAUGGCACCUCCUCUGUGCCUGAACACAAAAGAAAAUCAAACACAGCAGUCAUCGCCGGCGCCAUCGUAGGUUCGAUCGUGGGCGCGGCGCUCAUUCUUGCAGUCAUCCUCGUGGUCCUCAAGCAAAAAAGAGCGAAGCAGACAGAAACAAACACUGCCCCCUUUCUAGCUGAAUAUGCUGGUCAUACACAAUCUGAUGCCAAGUACGCCUAUCACAACGAAUUGCAGUCGCAACAGUCUCCCGCAGAGUUGCCGACCCAGACACAGCGAAUGUGAACACGUUCAACUCCUCAGACGCGUGAGCGAUCACCGGUUGAGGUAUGGAAUACGUAGUGGCCGCGGUAUCUCGCAUGAAAAGGGUAUACGGUCCCAUUGGUCUCCUAGUCUCAGCCCUGCUUUCU